AUGAUUGAAGCGUUGAGAAAGCAACUCACUGAGCAGUCGCUGAAUACUGCUGAUUUGGGGACACGUAGUGAAAAAAUCGGGGCGCAACUGAGAGAUAUUCAAGAGGUUGUCGCAUCGAAGACACUACAACUCGAGGUAAUUGAUCAGCGGAAACGUCGAUUAGAAGAGGAGAAUUCAACGCUUCGAAAGCGUCUGGAACGAGCGAAGAAGAGCGAGAAGCUAGGCAGUACAGAUGCGGUAUUGAUGGAAGAAAUCCGAGAACUCAAGGGAUUCACUUGUGCAGACCUGAGGGGGACGUACGAGACCGCUUUGGAUUUGGGCCCAUGGGCCUCGACCUGA